GCGGCCGCCACCUGCCGGAGACACGGCCCGGGCCCGCCGGGGACGCGCUCCCGCUGCCCGCCCUUGUCCCGGGGCUCGGCACACCGGGCUCGCCCCGUCUUGGCCCCCGCGUCCCGCAGGUGCAGGGCCGGACCGGGAUGCUGUGUCCCCCCGCAGCCCGGUGACGCUGCCGGGCUUUGGGGGGACACAGGCGCCCCGUCUGCGUCACCGCGCCCCGGGGGUGGCGGAGGGGGUUUAAAGCCGAGCCCGGCACAUCCCGGAGCUUCCAGGGGCGCAGCCGGCACCGGGAUCAUGGAAAACGCCCGGCUCUGCCUGCUCUGCCUGCUGGGCUCCGGCCUCGUCCUGCUCGGCACCCCCGAACCGGUACCGGAGCCUCGGCCCAGCCGGGAGGAGACGGAGCUGGUGGGGGUGCUCCCGGAGGUGCUGCACACGCGGGAGCCGCCGGCGCUGGAGAAGAGGCUGAGCUGGGUGCCCUGGUGCGAGCCCCGGGAGCCGUGCGCGGUGCGGCGCGGGGCGCGCUUCGGGAAGCUCUGCAGCUGCCCCCGCGGCACCUCCUGCAACCUCUUCAUCCUCAAGUGCUCCUGAGGCAGCGGCGACAGCGGGGGACAGCGGCGGACAGCGGCUGCCACCCUCCUGCGCCCCGGGAGCCGCGGGCCCCCGGCCCCGUCCCCGCCCCGGGAUGGACCCGCACAGCAGCCCCGGAGCCCGCGGGGCUGGCGGUGUCCAGGGCGCAUUAAACCAUUGGA